AUGCCAACUGCAAACCCGAUAUCAAUUACUCAAAAUACGACAGUAAUCGUUCAUCCAUUGGUGCUAUUGUCUGUUGUAGAUCAUUACAACCGUGUAGCAAAGAACACCAAAAAACGUGUAGUUGGCGUUCUUUUGGGUCAAAAUAAUGGCAAAACUGUUAACGUUGCAAAUAGUUUUGCUGGAUCCGAUUUAGAAAUUAACGAAUUGUUCAAAAGGCAUACACCCAAUCCAGUCCUAGUAAUUGUAGAUGUGAAGCCUAAGGAUAUUGGAAUACCAACGGAUGCAUAUUUUGCUAUCGAGGAAAUCAAAGAUGAUGGUACCGCCGCAACCAAAACAUUCAUGCAUGUUCCUUCUCAAAUCGAAGCAGAAGAAGCGGAAGAAAUAGGUGUCGAACAUCUUCUUCGCGAUAUCAAAGACAACGCUGUUGGCACACUUUCCACUCGGGUCACAGAUCAAUUAAAUUCAUUAAAAGGUCUACAAUCUCGAUUAGAAGAAAUCCGAGAUUAUCUUCAAAAAGUGGUUAACGGUACUUUACCCGUAAAUCAUCAGAUUAUUUAUAAUCUCCAGGAUAUUUUUAAUUUGCUACCAAACCUUAAUGUUAGCGAAACGGUGAAAUCGUUCUCUGUAAAAACAAAUGAUCAAUUAUUAGUCAUUUAUUUGUCUUCUUUAAUUCGAGCUGUGAUUGCACUUCAUAACCUCAUCAAUAACAAGAUUGAGAAUCUUAAAGGUGAAAGUGUUCAAACUGAGGAAGAGAAGAAAGAAAGCAAUCCAUAA